AUGAAUCUGUCCCUCAUUGACCCGUUCGUCCUGGCCCAGGACUAUCCGGAUACGUUGACAGAGACGCUCAAAUCUGGCCAUGCGACAUGUCUACGGUUCAAUCACACUGGCGACUAUCUAGCAUCCGGACGGGUGGAUGGUACUGUGGUGAUUUUCGACAUUGAGACGAACGGUGUGGCGCGCAAGCUGCAGGGUCACACACGCCAGAUCCAAUCAAUAAGCUGGUCCAGAGAUGGACGUUAUCUCCUCACCUCAUCGCAGGACUGGAAGUGCAUAUUGUGGGACCUACAAGACGGCUCGCGUAUACGAACGGUCAGAUUCGAGGCACCAGUCUACAUCGCCGAGCUACACCCAUUCAACCAUCUCCUUUUUGUGGCCUCUCUCUUCGAAGACCAACCCGUCCUUGUCGAUGUCUCCGGCGACAAACCCAAAAAGCGAAUUCUCCCCUCCGCACCCCUCCGUCCUCAAUCCACAAACGGUGAAGAAGUCGAUCCAGCGUUCGCCGCAAAACAAGCAGCACAAGACGCAAAACACUCAACAUGCGUCACGGUUUUCACGUCAUUUGGAAACCACAUCAUUGGAGGGACAUCAAAGGGAUGGAUCAACAUCAUCGAGACAGAAACCUGCAAAACGAUCCACUCCAUGCGUCUCUGCAAUGGCGUAGUAAUCCUCCUCCGUCUCGCCAGCAACGGUCGAGACCUCCUUGUUAACAGCUCAGACCGUGUAAUCCGCACAGUCCUACUGCCCGACCUAUCCCAACUAGGCAUCGGCCUCGAGCCAUCAAGCAUAAAACUCCACGUCGAGCACAAAUUCCAAGAUGUCGUCAAUCGCCUCAGCUGGAAUCACGUUACAUUCUCAUCAACCGGUGAAUUCGUCACCGCCACAACAUUCAUGAAUCCAGACAUCUAUGUCUGGGAACGCAGCCACGGAUCUCUCGUCAAGAUUCUCGAGGGUCCACGAGAAGAACUCGGCGUCGUCGAAUGGCAUCCCCUCCGGCCAAUGGUAGUCGCUUGUGGUCUGGAGUCUGGUUGUAUCUAUACAUGGUCAACAGUCAGUCCACAGAAAUGGUCCGCCCUAGCACCUGACUUCGGCGAAGUCGAAGAGAAUGUGGAGUACGUCGAGCGCGAAGACGAAUUUGACGUCCACCCAGCCGAACAGGUUCACCAGCGUCGUCUCGAUCUAGAAGACGAGGAGCCCGACGCUGUGACACUCGACCCGGUCAAAGUUGACCUUGACGCGGAGACGGGCAAUGUAUUCGGCGUUCCUGUCCUCAUGGAUAUAUCCGACAGCGAGAGCGGAGAGGAUAUCAUUGCCGUUGGCCCUGGUACCAUGCGUCGACGCACACCUGGUGGAGGGAAUACAGGUGACAAGGAUAGCCAGGCUGGCGCCAAUGGUACCUCCCGAGGUGCAGCGCGAAAUCGUCGGCGGUGA